CAGCUUAGAGCACCAGCACGACAAGUCGUUUCGGUCAGUUGCAGCGAAGACACUAUCAUUGGCGUUUUAACUGUGGACGGUAGCUCCUCGACUCGUCGUUUAGUGCGGAUUAUAAUACAACAAAAGCAGUAGGCAAAGUCAAGCCAAAUUAAAAGCAAGAAGGCUUCUACUAAACUAUAUUAUAUAUUGCAAAUUAUGUAGAAGUGUGUGUGAAUUGCAUUUUUUCUGAAGAACAAUUUUAGUGAAAGUGCAUAUUUUAAUGAAAAAAAGAAGAAAAACUUUCUGAAAUUUCAUAGAAGUGGGCCUGCUGGAUACUAGACACUCUCUCUCUCUUUCUCACUUGCACAACGCGCGCCUGGUGCUACUACAUCGAGAAAAUUACAUAAAGCCUGGUGAAAAAUCGAACGUUGAAAUUGAAAAGUUGUGAAGGAUUUGCGUGACGAAGGACUUUGUUUGACAUUGGCUGAAGAGUAAUGAAAUCUAUUGAAGUGGCAACAGCAUUAGUAUUCAAAAUUAACGAAUUGCAAUAGCCAACUCGCAGUAUUCACCGUAUCUAAUAAUAUUAUAAAAUUAUUACCAAUAUUCUAAGACGAACAUUAAAGUGAGAACGAAAAAACCAACAAAAACUAAAAAUAAAAAUGUUUCGAUGCAGUUGAUUAAGGCAAAAACUUAUUUCAAUAAAGAAAAAUAAUAAAAUUCAAUAAAACAACAACACUCAAAGUAAUUCCUUAAAGUUAAAAAGCAAAGAAAAGUUAAAUCUAAACUACAGCAACAAAAAUAAAAACAAAAACAAAACAAACACAACAAAACUAAUAAUCUUGUUGUUAUACGUAAAAAUACAGUUAGUAGAAAAUCAGUUUACUAAGCAAAAAGUCAAACAUUAAAUAAACCAAAUAAAGAACUACUCUAUAUUUCAUAGUAUAAACAUACAUACAUAGUGUAUGAACAGUAAAUAUUACCACAAAAAUAGGCGAAUCAAAAGAACUAAUAUAGAUUAAAUAAAUGUUAGAAAACAUUUGAAGAAAAAAAUACUGAAAAUAAGUAUUUGAAGUGAAAAAGAAACCCUCUCAACUGCUACGCCAGCAAAGUCAUCGAAACGAGAAGACAGUCAAAUAAAAAGUACCAACUACUUACCAGAUAAUAAAAGUAGAACAACUAAGUUGAAGUACCACUAAAAAGCAGUUAAAAAAACCGCAUACCCACAAAUACAACAACAACUUCAGAGCAAAAGCACAAGACAGCAAAAAUGGCCGACAAGAAGAUAGCAGAACAAUACUACUCGCCACCGCCAAAGAUGGGCAAAUGGGAGGGUUUCAAAAAAUUCCUAUGGAACAGUGAAACUAGCCAAUGCCUUGGCCGAACAGGAGGCAGUUGGGCAAAAAUUUUAUUUUUCUACAUUAUUUUUUAUGCGGCGUUAACUGGAUUCUUCGCUGCCAUGUUGGCUGUGUUUUAUCAAACACUUCGAGUGGAUAAACCUAAGUGGACAAUGGACGAUGGAUUGAUUGGCUCAAAUCCAGGUCUUGGUUUUCGACCAAUGCCCCCAGAGGCAAAUGUUGAGAGUACUUUAAUCUGGUAUGAGAAAUCGAAACCCGAAAACUACAAAUACUGGGUCGAUGAAACUGCUGCAUUCCUUCUCUCCUAUGAAAAUCUGCCCAAGCAGAAUCAAAUGAAUUGCUCAUUUGAGAAUCCACCAGCAUCGGGUAAGGUAUGCGCUUUCGAUCCAAACUCUUUUGCUCCAUGCACAAAGGAGAACAAUUUCGGCUAUCAUCAGGCUAGGCCAUGCAUAUUCCUUAAGUUGAACAAGAUUUACAACUGGGAACCGUCUCUUUACAACGAUUCGAAAGCUCUGCCAGAAGAAAUGCCUGUCGAACUGAAAAAUCACAUUACAGAGAAACAGAGCUUGCGACCAAAUCAGACUAAUGUCGUUUGGAUCUCGUGCGAAGGCGAAAAUCCUGCUGAUGUGGAAAAUAUUAAAUCUCGUGACUAUUACCCACGUAUGGGUUUCCCCGGCUAUUAUUUCCCAUUCAAAAAUAUCGAAGGUUAUGUACAACCCAUUGUUGCCGUACAAUUUACCGUUGAAACCGGCGUUUUGAUCAACAUUGAAUGCAAAGCCUGGGCCAGCAACAUUUUCCACGAUCGCUACGAAAGGAGAGGAUCCGUCCACUUCGAAUUGAUGGUUGAUUAAGAAAUGGCGCGGAGCCAUUAAGUGAACGAAGCACAUAAAAUAAAUUAAUAAAUCCAUAACAAGAACCAGAAAUAAUUUAAAAAAAUUAAAUUAAAUAAACAAAAACAAAGAGAAUACUUAGCAGGAGAAGUAAGAAACGCAGCAGCAAAUAAAAAAACUUCAGAUAUUAAAAGAAAACAAUAACAUAAACACAACCAGUAGCAAAAUUAAGUAAAUGAGCAUGCAAAGAAAGGGAGGCAAAAGUGGAGAAAAGAUCAAAGAAAUAGAGAGAGAAAGAGAGAGAGAGAGAAAGA